AUGGAAAGUUUACAAAGAAUGAUGAUGUCUCAAAGAGCAGGCAUGAUGGGUGCCAAUGCCACCGAGGUUCCCCUUGAUGACACCAAGGAAACUGUGUACAUUUCUUCUCUUGCAUUGUUGAAGAUGUUGAAACAUGGGAGAGCUGGUGUUCCAAUGGAAGUCAUGGGUCUUAUGUUGGGAGAAUUUGUUGAUGAUUAUACAGUAAACGUUGUCGAUGUGUUUGCCAUGCCUCAGUCAGGUACAGGUGUUUCUGUCGAGGCUGUUGAUGAUGUUUUUCAAGCUAAGAUGAUGGAUAUGUUAAAACAAACAGGAAGAGAUCAAAUGGUUGUCGGAUGGUACCAUUCACAUCCGGGUUUUGGUUGUUGGUUAUCUUCAGUAGAUGUGAAUACUCAGAAAUCAUUUGAACAAUUAAACAGCAGGGCUGUGGCGGUGGUUGUUGAUCCUAUUCAAUCGGUGAAGGGUAAAGUGGUCAUUGAUGCAUUCAGACUAAUUGACCCUUCUACUGUCAUGAGAAACCAGGAACCAAGGCAAAAUACUUCUAAUAUCGGGUUGAUCAACAAACCGAAUAUUCAAGCGUUGAUUCAUGGUCUAAAUAGGCAUUAUUACUCGCUUAAUAUCGAUUAUCACAAGACUUCCGCCGAAAUGAACAUGUUAAUGAAUCUACAUAAGGAACAAUGGCAAUCGGGACUAAAAAUGCAUGAUUUCAAGGAAAGAGAGGAGCACAACUUGGGUGAAACUCAGAAAAUGAUUAAGAUCGCUGAACAAUUCACUAAGAGAAUUGAGGAAGAGAGAGAAUUGAGUGAAGAAGAAUUGAAAACGCGUUAUGUAGGAAAACAGGAUCCAAAAAGACAUCUUGCAGAGACUGCUGAAAAGCUCUUGGAAGACAAUAUAGUAUCUGUAUUAACAGCGGGUGUUAACUCUGUUGCUAUUAAAUAA